GCCAUGACCCCUGCGCGCCCCCACAAGGCCUCUGCACAGGCCAAUGGGGAGCCCCAGCAGACCCAAGGUGACCCCCGGCCAGCUCCCUCCCAAGCGACGUCACGGGUAGCUUACUGCGCCUCCCCUGUGAGCCUGAAACGACUCCUUCUCCCCAGCCAGUAGUCGUGCCCGCGUUGAUCUUGAUCGCCCCCUUCAUCAAUCCGGACGGCCACGCAGCCAAACAGCGCCCUCCCGACCUCCCAAGCUCCCCAGCCUCGGCCUAAGCCCAUCGCACGGAGUAGCUCUCGGGUUGUGGUAGCCAACCAGCUCGACAUUGCCGUUGCGAGAUUCGCCCUGAACUCUGUCUCUUUCCACCUGCCAUAUUGCCACACAGCAGACUUCAGCCUAUGCGACGCUGCUGAUUGUGACCCAGCCGGCACAGCGCAGUCGUCCGAACCUGCCCUUUUUGCCAGCCAGACCGCAGAGCCCAAGCAGGAGAGCAAGCAUCGCGGCCACUCGCAUUAAGCUCAGAGUACAGUACAGGCAAGGUACCGCACGGAAUAGGGGCUCAAACCACCGCAGCCGACCGCAGCACCUUUUUCGAAACCGCCGUCAGUGCCCGCCGACCUGAGUCUCUGCUCACAGCACGCUCCACCUCACCCUUGGCACAUUCCCAAGGGGUCCUCUUGGGGGCACAGUGACCAAAGGCAACCUCUGACACAAGUCAUCACUUCACGACAACCGUGGGCUUCGACCUUGGUUGUGGCCCAAUACACGUCCAGGUUGCGACCCCUGGCCGGUGACGGAGCGACUCCAAAAACCUACCCCAUCGUCUGCAUUACCAGAACACAGCAACCAUGUCGUAUAAUCGAUUGGACGACGACUACUACGACCAUCACAUGAUGGAUCCUCGUGCCCACAGGACGCCCUCGCCGGGCCAUCCGCUCCAGCAUGGCUACCAACUCGACGACAACCCUUACGGCCAGAACCCGUCCGCGUCACAUCUCCAAAUGCCCUUGGGCCCACCCGGCGUCGGUAGGACGUACAGCCCUGCAGACUCCCUCCACAUGCAAACAGCUCAAUCAAUGGAGAACAUCGGGGGCCACCCCUACGAGCAACCGCACCAACCUGCUGGCUACCAGGAUUACUCUGUUAACCCCGAGGCACACCACGAUGGCUACUAUAACCAGCCUUACGAGCCACAGCCUCAAGCAGAGCCGGGAUUCGAGUACGACGACAGACGGCCCAUGUUGCAACACCAAGACUCGAGCAUGACCGAGAGCUACGCAGACAACCCUCAACAGGCAAAGGGCGGCGGCCUCAAGCGCUGGAAGACCGUGAAGGAGGUCUUGUUGUACCGAGGAAACCUGGUGCUGGACUGCCCAGUCCCGCCGAGGUUGCUCAGUCAGGUUCCCCAUGGCGAUCGAGAUGAAUUCACCCACAUGCGGUACACAGCAGCAACCUGUGACCCGAACCACUUCUACGAGGAGAACUUCACCCUGCGGCAGAGGCUCUUCAGCAAGACCAGACACACGGAGCUCUUCAUCGUCAUCACGAUGUACAACGAGGAUGAGAUCCUCUUCGCCAGGACCAUGAUUGGUGUGCUCAAGAACGUCGAGUACAUGUGCAAGCGGACCGAGAGCAAGACAUGGGGCAAAGAUGCUUGGAAGAAGAUUGUGGUCUGCAUCGUGAGCGAUGGGCGUGCCAAGAUCAACGCGAGGACACGAGCCCUUCUCGCCGGUAUGGGAGUGUACCAGGAGGGCAUCGCCAAGCAGCAGGUCAACAAGAAAGACGUGACGGCACACAUCUACGAGUACACCUCGCAAGUUGGCAUGCAGAUCAAGAACGACGUGGUCCAGUUGAUCCCCAAGCAGCAGCCCGUGCAGCUUCUCUUCUGCCUGAAGGAAAAGAACCAGAAGAAGAUCAACUCCCACCGAUGGUUCUUCAACGCCUUCGGCCGCGUCCUGGACCCCAACAUCACCGUUCUGAUUGACGCUGGAACCAAGCCCGGCGGUAACUCGAUUUACCACCUCUGGAAGGCAUUCGAUCUCGAGCCCAUGUGCGCUGGCGCUUGUGGCGAGAUCAAGGCUAUGCUUGGAACGGGCGGCAAGAACCUUUUCAAUCCGCUGGUCGCAGCCCAGAAUUUCGAGUACAAGAUGAGCAACAUCCUCGACAAACCACUCGAGUCCGCCUUCGGCUUCAUAUCGGUGUUGCCGGGUGCCUUCUCCGCGUACCGAUACGUUGCUCUUCAAAACGAUAAGAACGGCCAGGGCCCGCUCGAGAAGUACUUUGCUGGCGAGAAGCUCGAAGGCGCCGGUGCAGGUAUCUUCACGUCGAACAUGUACCUCGCUGAGGAUCGUAUCCUCUGCUUCGAGCUCGUCACCAAGCGCAAUUGCCACUGGAUCCUCCAGUACGUCAAGUCGGCCACGGGCGAGACUGACGUGCCAGACACCGUCACCGAGCUUAUCCUGCAGCGUCGUCGGUGGCUGAAUGGGUCUUUCUUCGCUGCCAUAUAUGCCAUUGCACACUUCUACCAGUUCUUCCGCUCGGAUCACUCCCUGAUGCGGAAGCUGGCCUUCUUCCUUGAAUUCACCUUCAACACCAUCAACAUGAUUUUCGCAUGGUUUGCGAUUGGUAACUUCUUCCUGGUCUUCAAGAUUUUGACAACGAGCUUGGGUGACGAAACGCUCCUGGGCACCGCUGGCAGUAUUCUUGGUGUCGUGUUCGAAUGGCUCUACGGUAUCUCACUCAUGAUCUGCUUCGUUCUGUCGUUGGGUAAUCGUCCAGCGGGAUCUGGGCCAUACUACAUGGCAAUGGUGAUCUUCUGGGCAAUCAUCUUUGUUUACCUGAUGUUUGCGGCCAUCUACAUUUCUGUGGUAGCCAUACAGACCGACAUAAACGACGAAGACGGGUUCAACAUCCAAGACCUAUUCAGGAACAGGGUCUUCUACACAUUGAUUGUCUCUGUCAUGUCUACCUACGGAAUCUGGCUGAUCGCCUCGCUGCUCAUGUUUGAUCCGUGGCACAUGAUCACGUCUCUGGGGCAGUACAUGCUGUUGACUCCGACCUUCACCAACGUUCUUAAUGUUUAUGCCUUCUGCAACACUCACGACAUCUCCUGGGGGACCAAAGGUGACGAUAAAGCAGAGAAGCUGCCUUCUAUCGAGCUCAAGGAUGGCCAGGGUAAGACGGAUCUCCCCGACGAGGGUGACCUGAACGCCCAGUACGAUCGUGAGCUGCAGGUCUUCAGCCGCAAGCCUGUCAAGGACAACAAGCCUCCGACGGCUGCCCAGCUGGACGAAAAGCAACAGGACUACUACCGUGGUGUCCGUACGGUGGUCGUGCUUAUAUGGAUGAUCUCCAACUUUGCGCUGGUCGCCCUCGUCCUGAGCGCUGCAGGCCUGGACAAGAUUGGGACCAAAUCGAACACCACCGACGCAACCGCCGCCGAGGAGGCGGAAUCGAACAGGACAGCCAUCUACAUGGCCGUGGUUCUCUACUCGGUGGCUGCGCUCUCAGGGUUCAAGUUCCUCGGUGCGAUGUGGUUCCUUGUGGUCAGGAUGUUUAGGGGCGUCUGAUGAUUUCAGAGAAGCGACGACUUUGAUGAUGACAUACCUUGUCGGUUUACUUUUGGCUUCCCAUGUUCUCUUUUGGCUAGUUUACACGUUGCAUUCUUCCUUGUGCGCGGUCUUUUGGGACCCUUUUUGGCGUGUAUUUUUGGCGGCCUUUACUUUUACAUACCCAUGUCUUUCUUACUUCUGAAUGAUACGAACGAUUUGCUGUUUCGAAACGGCGAAUGAACUACAGGAUCUCCAAAACGGGCACUUUGUAUGGUGCAAUUAUUUCAUCGCGGAGUUUCAGAUUUCCUCUUGGUUUUUGCCACAACGACUGGAUCGAUGUUUUCUAUUCUGUGUAUCUGACGCAUCUUCACAACCCAGGACUUCUUGGAUCGAUGAAUUUCCCUGCGGUGCUGGUUGGGGCCAUGAUUCUUGACCUGCGGUUUUCUCUUUCGGGGUUUUCGAAGUCAAACGUGCCGCCGGAUACCAUGUAGCCCAUGCGGGCACUGUCUGACCAGGGAGCUGGGAAUCCGGCACCUGUUUGAUGACGCAUGCAUGGAUGGCUGGCUGGAGCCGGGGAAGCAAAAUGACUUGAUGUAUUCCUAAUUUUCGCGAUAUGGGGGGGGGGGACAUGAAUAAUAUCCUUUACAAUAAACGGGUUAGAAAUCA